UUUUAAUUUUCUUGUCGUCAUUGGGGUCACGGCAAACAAGGGAACAUCGCAAAUGACGUUGGGCGCAAGGCGGAGCACACCCUGGACUGGUUGGCAGUUAAUUGCAGGGCUGAAAUGUGUUUAAUUUACGUUAAUAGAUCUGUUCUCAUGUCAUGUGUGGGGGGUGGGGGGGAAUUCUGCAUACCUGUCAUCUUUAUCAUCAGAGUGGCUGUCAAGUGAUAUUAUUUAACACCCGUGUACCAUAUUGAUGCCAGGGAAAACACUUGAUGCACCCCUCAUAGAGUUCCUGUGCCAAAAUGUAAACUAUUCAUGAAUAAGCACUUGAUUAACAGAAGUGGUCGGUUGCUGACCGGGGUCCUUCUACGAUCGCGUUUGUGUGUGCCAUGUUGUACGCAUCUCUCUAAGUACUAUGAUGCUUGAUUACGCGAUACAUUAAAACUGUUGGGAUGGGCCGCCUAGUCUGUUUUUACAAGUACACCCGGAGGAUGAUUUUAAUAGCAUCCCAAAACACGUGAAUUAGGUGAAGCUCGUUUGGAUUGCAUUGGUUACUAUUUUUUUCAGUCAAAAGAAUUGAUUGUGAAAGCCAAUGAUGUCACAAGCUUCUAGCCAAUCAGCUUGCCCUGAUGCGAUCUAUAAAGGGAGCGUAAAUCAGUGGCCUCUGGGGAGAGCAAAAGAUAAAUGAAUGCUGUCUAUUUUUUCCCCCGUUAUUUUUGUUUUUUGUGGGAGCGUGUUAAUUCUCUGUCAGAUUUUUUUCAGGGUUCACGCGAUUUCUGAAGGUGCUGCGUACAUUCGAUUUCUCAGGCCACAGAAUAGUUAAGUCAAUUCAUGAUGCAGUUCAUACAAAAGAAAUGCGGGGGGUAACGGGUGUAAUUUUCCCGCUCACGUCACAUGGCCUGUGUUAGUGCAACCCAUCCGGCACGAAUCUCCACACAAAGGGGGGGGGGGGGGGUUCGCCUUGCCUGUUGCCGCCACAGUUGCUUAAAUAACCAGAUCCCCACCGCCACCACCACCACCGUCGCCCUUUCGUCACACGCUAACAAUUAAGCACAUCAAUCCGCCGCCACCGCUGGCGAAACGUGCGUGGAGGCAGACGGAAGCCACGCACACGCACGUUGCACGCCGCACAUUCCACCCCGCAGCCACUCGUCAGUGGUGUGCAGCCGCUACCGUACAGAGGCACUCGCGCGGCUGCACCCCCCCCCCACGCCCCGCCCCGCCCCCAGAACACGCACGGGCGGAAUGGCUUGAAAGGAGACGAGACGGAUUCUUUUGGAGGGGCUCGACGAAGGCCGAAUGAGUGACCGUCCGACUGUGGCCGCGAGUCUCCGCGCGUCUUUGCGGCGAAUUGCUGCAAUGCUGUCUUUCCAGGUGCGUGUAUGUGCGCGUGCGGCGUUGUUUCCCUUCCGAAUCGGACCGAGCCGGGAAACGAGGGUCUGAUGUCACAUGUGCUUCAUCGGAGGAGACGGGGCAUCUGCGAGCUGGAUUUUGUGGAGGAUGCUGCGGCAAGUGAUACACAGAGGGCUCAAGGCUUCCUUCUACUGGCUCGGCUUGUUCGUGAGCAGACACCCCGUUUUCUUCCUCACCGUGCCCGCCGUUCUCACCAUCAUUUUCGGAUCGACGGUGCUGAGCCGCUUCAAGCCGGAGACCGACCUCGAGUUGCUGGUGGCCCCGACGCACAGCCUGGCGAAGAUCGAGCGAAGUCUGGCCAACAGCUUGUUUCACAUCGACCAGUCCAAGCACAAGCUCUACUCGGAUUUACACACUCCGGGCAGGUACGGCAGGCUGAUCCUGCUGGCCAAGUCCGGGGGCAACAUCCUGGAGCUGGCCGACCAGGUGCUGCAAGUUCACAAGCGGGUGCUGGAUUUGCGAGUCCAUUACAAAGGAUUCAACUACACCUUCGCGCACCUCUGCGUGCUCAGCCACCGAGACAAGCGCUGCUUGCUGGAUGAUAUCAUCAGCGUCUUCGAGGACAUCCGACAGGCGGUGCUUUCCAACAGCACUUUCCACAAGGUGCCCGUCGGCUACCCCAACACGACGUUAAAGGAUGGUCGAGUGUCCUUCAUCGGUCAUCAGCUAGGAGGCGUGUCCUUCUCACCCAACAGCCGCGACCAACAAGUGAAGUUCGCCCGCGCCGUCCAGAUCACCUACUACCUCCGCGACAACGGCCCCGUGGUGCAGGACGCCAUCUCGGAACGCUGGGAGAAUGAAUUCUGCGCCCUGGCCAGUCGGCUGUCGACCGCCGAAACUCCCCACGGACCCGACCGGCUGCACAUCCACUCCCUCACCUCCUUCAGCUUGUGGCGAGACUUCCAUCAGACGGGCGUGCUCGCCAAGGGGGAGGUGUUGGUGAGCCUGGUGCUGGUGCUCCUGGCCGCCACCAUCUCCAGCUCCAUGCGGGACUGUUUGAGGGGGAAGCCCUUCCUGGGCCUCCUGGGGGUCUUGACCAUCUGCAUUGCCAACGUGACGGCCGCGGGGAUCUUUUUCAUAUCCGAUGGGAAAUUCAAUUCCACGCUCCUCGGGAUUCCCUUCUUCGCUAUGGGUCACGGAACCAAAGGGGUGUUCGAGCUGCUGGCAGGCUGGAGGAGAACGAGGGAAAACCUGCCCUUUAAGGAGCGCGUGGCCGACGCUUUUGCCGACGUGAUGGUGUGCUACACCAUGACCAGCUCGCUCUACAUCAUCACCUUCGGCAUGGGGGCGAGCCCGUUCACCAAUAUCGAGUCGGUGAAGAUCUUCUGCCAGAGCAUGUGCGUGGCCAUCCUGGUCAACUACUUCUACGUUUUCUCCUUCUACGGCUCGUGCUUGGUGUUUGCGGGGCAACUGGAGCAGAACCGCUACCACAGCGUUUUCUGCUGCAAAAUCCCCUCGGUGGAGUACUUGGAGCGCCAGCCCACUUGGUUCAAAACCAUGAUGAGCGACGGCCACGACCUGUCGACGCACCACGACAGCGUCCCUUACCAGAACCACUUCAUCCAGCACUUCCUGCGCGAACACUACACGGAGUGGAUUACCAACACGUACGUCAAGCCCUUCGUGGUGAUCCUCUAUCUCAUCUACGCGUCGUUCUCGUUCAUGGGAUGUCUACAAAUCAGCGACGGUUCCAACAUCGUCAACCUUCUGGCGAGCAACUCGCCGAGCGUUUCCUACGCGCUGACUCAGCAGAAAUAUUUCAGCAACUACAGUCCCGUCAUCGGGUUCUACAUUUACGAGCCCAUCGAGUAUUGGAACGCCACGGUGCAGGAGCAUCUGAAGACCCUGGGUCACGGCUUCAACAAGAUCUCUUGGAUCGACAACUUUUUCGGCUACCUGCGCGCGGUCAACGUGAGCGCGUCCGGCAAGAGCGACUUUGUGCACCUUCUCAAAGGCUCGUUUCUGCGCAGCCCCGAGUACCAGCAUUUCACGGAGGACAUCAUCUUCUCCAAAAACCGCGACACCAAGGAGUACGACAUCAUCGCCUCGCGCUUGUACCUGGUGGCGCGGACCACGGAAAAGAAGCGCGAGGAGGUGGUGGAGCUCCUGGAGAAGCUCCGCCCCCUCAUGCUGAUCGAGAGCAUCAAAUUCAUCGCCUUCAAUCCCACGUUUGUGUUCAUGGACCGCUACAGCUCCUCCGUCAUCUCUCCCAUCCUGACCUCGGGCUUCAGCGUCCUCACCGUCCUGAUCCUGACCUUCUUCCUCGUCAUUAACCCCUUGGGGAACUUCUGGCUCAUCCUCACGGUCACGUCCGUGGAGCUGGGCGUCUUAGGUUUGAUGACGCUCUGGAGCGUCGGGAUGGACAGCAUCUCGAUCCUGUGCCUUAUUUACACCCUGAACUUCGCCAUGGAUCACUGCGCGCCGCACCUCUACACUUUUGUGCUGGCCAGCGAGCACACGCGGACGCAGUGCAUCAAGUUGGCGCUUGAGGAGCACGGGGCGGCCAUCCUGCAGAACGCGUCUUGCUUUGUGAUCGGGAUCAUCCCUUUAGUGUUUGUGCCUUCCAAUCUGACCUACACGCUGUUCAAGUGCUCGCUCCUCACCGCCGGCUGCACCGUGCUUCACUGCUUCGUCAUCCUGCCCGUCUUCCUCACCUUCUUCCCGCCCUCGAAGAAGAGACACAAGAAAAAGAAGCGGGCAAAGCGGAAAGAACGGGAGCGCGAACGGGAGAGGGAAAGGGAACGGGAGGAGAUCGAGUGCAUCGACGUUCGGGAGAAUCCCGAUCACGUGACGAACGUCUGAGCCGUCGGUCCUCUUCGUCGUGACUAUUAGCUGAAUUACGCAAUUCGACAACGCUGACGGUACGUGACCGCGAAGAUGCGUGGCAGACGCUGCUUGCGCCGGGCCACGAGCUGCUCGAAGCGACCCGUAGUCGAGCGCGGUCCCUUUGGGCACCCGCUCACCAGUGUCUUUCAUUGGUAUAGUGACCACAGCAUACUCAUCCUUCCAUUAUUAGGUCCAGUAGAUGUGAAAACUAGCUGACCAGAAGUGUACGCAAAUUAUGAAUAUGUAGUUGAUUGCUCUGUCGAAAUAUUUGUAGGUCAGACGUUUGCCACAAGAGUGAGGUGCAAAGCAGUCUGCUAAGCCAAGAAAGAGCAAACAGGCUAGCGCGGCGGUCGGCAACCUUUUACACUCGACGAGCCAUUUCGACCCGCUUUCCGCGGAAAAGACGACACUGCAUAGGUGGUUGAAUUUGCAGACUUCACCCGCUUCAAUUGAUUUUUUCCUCCGAAACAGCUUUUUUGUCCCUCCAGAUAUUUUUCAGCAAAGUCCGUGUGUUUAUUUUGGAAAUGUCUUUCUACAUUUGACCUUUGGCCAGUUUUUCACCACAAAUUAGGCAUCGUGGAAACUCGCCCGUGUCCGAGGUAGAUGCAAAUGAAUCUGCCCAGGCAUCAUUAAAUGUUCUAUUUUCCUCUGUGUGUGUGUGUGUGUGUGUGUGUGUGUGUGUGUGUGUGUGUGUGUGUGUGUGUGUGUGUGUGUUGGAGAACGAUUGCACUGCUCAUGAUGGAUCAACGUUGCACGAGACUGUGUGAAAUAUGUGACGGCACGGAAAGUUGCAUCUGAAUUUGACAACUGCGGGUUUCUAGUUCCAAGUGACGGCUCAGAGUAUGGAAGAGCUUCUUCUCGCAAGUCGGUGUCGAAUGCUCACUUUGACCUGUCAUCGGUCAGACUUUGCCCCGCUUAGGAAAGAGCAGUCGAAGCGGUUGAACGGCACCGCGUGUUGUGUAUGUAUUGCGAGAAGGCAUGAAGUGUUUAGGGGGAGGGGGGGGGGAGAAGUGGGAAGGUGACAAAAUUGACUGCGUCUGCAUGGCACUGCAUUGUGCGUUUGCAUGUAUGGAACUUGUUUGAUAUUCUUUGCAAAAUCUCUCCGGACGUAUGUUUGCUCUUUCGAUGCAUUUUUGCGGAACACGGUAAGAUGCGGAAAUAAGAAAAUGAGUCGAGUCUGAUCCUAAACAAAAGCCAGAGGAUAUUCCAUAUGUAAAAUAAAUGUAUUAUAUGAUUUUGUAUGUUUUCUAAGAAAAUAUACUAUAGAAAGAUUUUUGACAUGAUUUUCGUAAAAAAAAGGGAAAAAAAAAAACGAACAAAAAUGGGAAAAAGUGGAACACAGUAGACCAGUAAUAAACAGUGGAAUGUUACCAGUAUACUAGAUCUCAUUCCUUGCACAGUGCACGCUCAAUGUUAUGCAUUCACGUUGAAAUGGGACAUGCUGGCCGACAUUUUGUUUUUUUUUGUGUCUUGACUCCGUUUGUCUUCUGUCUUGCCUCAUUUUCACAGCCUAG